AUGGCACUGCCUGCGUGUGCAGCCCGGGCGCUCGGGCCGCCGCUGCAACCGGAGCGAGGAGCGCCCGCCCGCACCACCUGUCCCCGCCGGCAUUCCAGAGUAGAGGCCGAAUUGGCAGCGAGCCGGCCCGGAGCAGUCGCCGCCUCAGUCCGCGCGGGCCCUCCUAGGGGUGUGUCUCGCGGCUUCAACUCCCAGCCGCUCCUGGACGAGCCCCUAAAGGCGUCUUCCUCCCUGGCGGGAGCCGCGCGCACCCCUCUCUUCGCGCUGUUGCCCCGAGGCCGCCGCAGGCGGAUGCACGACCUCAGGAGACGCUGGGACCUGGGCUCCCUCUGCCGGGCCCUGCUCACUCGGGGCCUGGCCGCCCUGGGCCACUCGCUGAAGCACGUGCUCGGUGCGAUCUUCUCCAAGAUUUUCGGCCCCCUAGCCAGCGUCGGGAACAUGGAUGAGAAAUCCAACAAGCUGCUGCUGGCUUUGGUGAUGCUCUUCCUAUUUGCCGUGAUCGUCCUCCAGUACGUGUGCCCCGGCACAGAAUGUCAGCUCCUCCGCCUGCAGGCAUUCAGCUCCCCGAUGCCGGACCCGUACCGCUCGGAGGAUGAGAGCUCCGCCAGGUUCGUGCCCCGUUACAAUUUCAGCCGCCGCGACCUCCUGCGCAAGGUAGACUUCGACAUCAAGGGCGAUGACCUGAUCGUGUUCCUGCACAUUCAGAAGACCGGAGGCACCACUUUCGGCCGCCACCUGGUGCGCAACAUCCAGCUGGAGCAGCCGUGCGAGUGCCGCGUGGGUCAGAAGAAAUGCACUUGCCACCGGCCCGGUAAGCGGGAGACCUGGCUCUUCUCCAGGUUCUCCACGGGCUGGAGCUGCGGGCUGCACGCCGACUGGACCGAGCUCACCAGCUGCGUGCCUGCCGUGGUGGACGGCAAGCGCGACGCCAGACUGAGACCGUCCAGCGGCCUUUCUGGAAUGCUGGGAUUCUGGCAGAAUCUGUUGAAUGUUCAGUGCCUUUACAGCCCUACUAGAUUUUCUUCUUUCCAUCCUAAGAGAACCUUGGCUCCAGGAAGGUUGUCGCCUCAGUCCAUUGUAAGAAUUGUGUAAGUCAUUGUCACCUUAAGAUACUGGGAUUUAUUUAAGAAGAUCCCAAACAAUUCGGCAAUAUUGAAAAUAAUCUCACUUGCUGCUGGAGCUUGUAGGUGUAGAGCUCCACAGGACACAUGCGCCUUUGAAAAUCCUUCUGGACAUGUAGAUUGGGGUGUGACGCCGUCCCUAAAGACACCUUACAAAUGUGGUCCCGAUUAUGUAUUUGGUGGCCACUAUCCUCUUGGCACAUUCCCUCAGAAAAUUUCCAUUAGAUAACCAGUAUCCUCAAGGGGAGGGUUCACCCUUUUGGAUGGUCCCAAAUCGAAGCGACAUUAUCUGACAUGAAAUGAGAUUUUACUUAGUCGUAAAAGGGUGAUACCACAGUGCCAUCUAGUCUAAUCGAAGAAGACCCACUUUUUAAAGAG